CCUUGCAACAACUCCACAAUAUUCCACCUUCUCCUUCCUCUCUCCUAAUCAUGUCUUCCCUUCACAAGCUUGUUGACGCCAUCGCCGGCAAGCACGAGAACUCGAAGAAGAAGAAGAAGGCUAACACGUCUAUGGAGAUCCUAGGCACCGUUGUUCUCAUGAAGAAGAACGUGCUUGACUUCAAUGACUUCAACGCUUCCCUUCUCGACAAUCUCAGCGAGUUCGUCGGCGAACGCGUUUCCUUCCAGCUCGUCAGCGCCACCUCCGGCGAUCACAACAGAGGGAACAGAGGGAAGGUAGGCGAGGAAGCAUACUUAGAGGACUGGGGGAAGGCGGCGCGGGCGCCGGUUUUGGCGGCGGGCGAGUCGCUUCUCUCGGUGAGGUUUAUGUGGGAGGAAAGCUUUGGAGAACCGGGGGCGGUGAUUGUGAAGAACCGGCACCGGUCCGAGUUUUUUCUCAAGAGCUUGAGCUUGGAAGGCGGGGGUCUGAAGAACCGGGUUCAGUUCGAUUGCAAUUCGUGGGUUUACCCGGUCGAACGGUACAACUACGACCGGGUCUUUUUUGCCAAUGAAAGCUAUCUUCCUAGCAAGACACCAGAGACUUUGGUUCAAUACAGAGAAGAAGAACUACAUAAUCUUAGAGGUGACAAUGUUGAAGGCAUGCUAAAGGAGCACGAUAGAGUCUAUGGCUAUGCCUUCUAUGAUGAUCUCGGCGACCCGGAUAGGUCUCCGGACUUGGCUCGACCGGUUCUUGGUGGCUCGAAGGGCUACCCUUAUCCUCGCCGCGGUCGCACUAGCCGACCAUCCUCCAAGUCUGAUCCCAACACAGAGAGCCGGCUUCCACUGCUCAGCCUCGACAUCUACGUUCCUCGAGACGAGCGGUUCGGCCACCUGAAAAUGUCGGACUUCCUCGCCUACGCCCUCAAGUCCGUCGUUCAGGUUCUGGUUCCCACUCUCAGCUCCCUCUUCGACCAUACGCCCACCCAGUUCGAAACCUUCCAAGACGUUCUCAAUCUCUACGAAGGAGGUCUCCGGCUGCCGGACUGCCCGGCGCUCGACCAUCUUAAGAACAACAUUCCAUUCGAGAUGAUCAAAGAGCUCGUAAGAACCGACGGCGAGCACGUUCUUAAACUUCCCCUGCCUCAAGUCAUCAAAUAUGAUAAGUUGGCAUGGAGAACAGAUGAAGAAUUUGCUCGGGAGAUGCUAGCAGGUGUCAACCCUGUCAUCAUAAGCCGUCUUCAAGCUUUUCCUCCCAGCAGCCAGCUUGAUCCAGUUACUUAUGGCAACCAUCAGAGCUCCAUAACGGCUUCCCACAUUGAAAAGAACUUGGACGGCCUCACUGUCCAACAGGCACUGAAAAGAAACAAGCUAUUCAUCUUAGAUCAUCAUGACGCUUUGAUGCCUUACUUGAACCGCAUCAACAAGAACACUCCAAACAAAGUAUACGCAACCAGGACUCUCCUCUUCCUCCAGGAAGACAGCACUCUAAAGCCACUGGCUAUAGAGCUGAGCCUUCCCCAUCCAGACGGCGAAGAGCUCGGCGCCGUCAGCCGUGUCUUCACUCCGCCGGAGGACGACAACGAUGGCGGCGUCAAAGAGUCCAUUUGGCAGCUCGCCAAGGCUUAUGCCACCGUCAACGACUCCGGCGUCCACCAACUCAUUAGUCAUUGGUUGAACACUCAUGCGGCCAUAGAGCCAUUUGUGAUAGCUACUCAUCGACAGCUGAGUGUGAUGCACCCGAUUCAUAAGCUUCUGAGCCCGCACUAUCGUGACACGAUGAAUAUAAACGCACUCGCACGACAAAUUCUCAUCAACGCCGGCGGCAUUCUCGAAGCCACCGUCUUCCCCGGCAAGUACGCCAUGGAGAUGUCCUCAGCUGUAUAUCAGAAUUGGAACUUCACUGAACAAGGGCUUCCUGCUGAUCUUCUCAAGAGGGGUGUGGCAGUAGAGGACCCAACAAGCCCUCAUAAUCUUCGUCUGCUAAUUCAGGAUUACCCCUACGCCGUCGACGGACUGGCCAUCUGGUCGGCCAUCGAGUCAUGGGUGACCGAAUACUCUUCCAUCUACUACACCAGCGACGACGAAGUAUCCACUGACAAAGAGUUACAAGCCUGGUGGAAAGAGCUAAGAGAAAUCGGCCAUGGCGACAAGAAAGAUGAGCCUUGGUGGCCGAAAUUGAGCACAGUGGUAGAACUUAUUCGCACUUGCACCACAGUCAUAUGGAUUGCCUCCGCCCUUCACGCCGCCGUGAACUUCGGCCAGUAUCCCUAUGCCGGCUACUCGCCAAAUCGGCCUACGAUCAGUCGACGGUUGAUGCCGGAGCUUGGAUCGCCGGAGUAUGAGACGUUGCGGGAAAACCCGGAUUUGCUUUUUUUGAGGACGAUUACAGGACAAUUUCAGAGCAUAUUGGGGGUCUCGUUGAUAGAGAUAUUGUCAAGACAUUCAUCAGAUGAGGUCUAUCUGGGCCAGCGAGACUCUUCAGUCUGGACCAAAGAAGAAGCAGCGCUGGAAGCGUUCAACAGAUUUGGGAAGAGAUUAGUGGAGAUUGAGAGAAGCAUUGUGAAGAGGAAUGAGGACGAGAAGCUGAAGAAUAGGAAUGGAAAGGUUGAGAUUCCAUACACUUUGCUCUAUCCCAAUACUUCGGACUUCAGUCGGGUCGGUGGGCUUACCGGUAAGGGGAUACCUAACAGUGUCUCCAUUUGAGGGCAAAAUAUUAGGUCCCGUCACCUGGUAGAGAAAUACAUUAAAGCGAAGUUACUGAAGCAGCUGCGCUUUUACAAUAGCCAGAAAGAAAUCCGGAUGUAUCUCUCUGUCAGGUGACCGGACCUAAUAAUUUUCCCCAUUUGAGCCAUAUUUUCCUUAUUUCAAAUGUUAUUUUUGGGUCUUGAAAGUGUUAUGUAUACUCUGUUGUAUAACUUUUUAAAUAAAUAAUUAUGUAAGCAUUGUUGGUGUUGUGUGCUACUUGACUAACAAUGUUGAUUGAAUGGUUGUAAUUAGGGGUGUAUGUGUGCCAAUGCGGCUCUUGAGUU